AUUUUGCUUUAUUUCCAGCUCAUUGUUGUUAUGUCACGCGAGUCAAAGUCUCAGAGAAAUAAAACCAUCUUCACAUUGUUGCUCAUAUUUUCAUUUUAUUGGUGUAACGGCAGCAGUGUGUGUCUUUAUCGACUCCUCGUGUCAGGACACAAAACGCUCAAGAGUGUCUUAUUUAGUAAAUCAUUAUACAGUUAGUAGAAAUGUUACAGUAACUUUUUUCAUUUCGAACACGCAGACACUUGCUAUGGUAUAUUGACGAUCUGAUACAGCCUAGCAUGUGUUAUUAAGAAAGUGCUUGCUGUAACUCUCAUCUGUGCUGGUCUGCUUUCAUGAUGGAUCCGCUCUUCCCGUGGGAUCUCCACCUCAGCACACACUUCUGGGGUCCGGUGGCAAACUGGGGCCUGCCCAUCGCCGCCAUCAGCGACAUGAAGAAGAGUCCAGAGAUCAUCAGCGGCAGAAUGACCUUCGCUCUCACCUGCUACUCGCUGCUGUUCAUGCGCUUCGCCUACAAGGUCCAGCCCAGAAACUGGCUUCUGUUCGCCUGCCACUUCACCAAUGAAGGGGCUCAGCUCGUUCAGGGCAGCAGACUCAUCAAAUACAACAUUGAGAAGAAGACGGCCAAGUGAUGAAUCUGCACAGUGGUCAUGCUUUGGAGGAGACCCACCAAUCUGUAUCGCAACAUCGGAUCUGUUCUAACACAAUAAAUAAUCAUUCAUAUACACA